AUGGAUUCAAGAAGAAACCAAGACAAAAUAUCCAGUUUACCGGAUUUCAUUCUGGUUCUGAUCAUCUCUAACUUGCCAUUGAACGAAGUUGUGAAGACAAGUAUCCUCUUGAAGCGCUGGAAGAAUAUUUAUCGUAAAUCGAUUACGAACGACAUCGUUUUCAAAGAGUCGGACUUUGUGACAUGUUACGCUUCAAACGAUGAAGAAACCAAAAGGGUUACUAGGGUUUCUUUCAUUUGCUUCAUGCUUGGAUGGGUUUUGAGACUUUCAGGUAGAGCCAUCGAAAGUUUCGACCUUUAUAUAUCAAAGCCGGUGGGUUUUGAAACACAUAUCAACUCGCUGAUGGAAUUCGCAGUUUCCAAACAAAUCAAGAAUCUAGUUCUUGAUUUCUCAGACCCUUCGUGGACUACCAGUAAUGAAGCAAGAUCAGAAGCAAGUGUGGUUCAAUUGCCUGAAUGCGUUUACAAUCUAAUAAACCUUGAGUCACUGAAGCUAUUCGCUUGCGGGUUUGAUCCAUCAAGGCUCACAAACCCGGGUUCGCUAAAAGUUCUCUCUUUUGGUUGGAUCCAACUCGAAGAAAUCAUGUCUUUGAUAUCAACAACUCCUAUGCUCGAGAGUCUAAGCAUUCAAAAUUGCUGGGACGUUGGUCUAGAAGUGAUAACCGAAUAUAACAACCGGUUAAGAGAAUUGGUAUUCGAGAAUUGCGGUUUCUCCGUGCCUUUUUCAACACUCGACCUGCCCAAUAUUCUGAUCUUCAAGUACUCUGGAAAAGUUCAUUACUUUGAGUUCUUGAGCGUGAAUAGGAUAAUGACAGAAGCAUAUUUAGAUUUCGGGGCAGAGACUGAAUACGAUGAUGAGACAGGAACACAACUCUGUGGUCUCCUUUAUGAUCUAUUAUCCGCUAGAACAUUAACUGUUUGUCCUUUUCUCAUUCAGUUGAUCCAAGAUGGAGAAGAUCCGGUUCGAUUACGAGAACCAAUGGAAACUCGACAUUUGGUAAUGAAGACAAAUCUGCUUCCGAAUGAGUUCGUUGGAAUAAGGCUUAUGAUCAAUAGCUGUCCGGACUUGGAAACUCUCACGUUCCAAAUGGUUGCUCCUAGGCCUGUUCCAAUGGCGACUUCAGCGAUCGCUCCAGAUACUUACUGGAAGUUCAACAUUAACCAUAGGUGUUUGAAGAAGACGUUGAAGGUUGUGGAGUUGAAGAAUUUUACUGGUGGCUUGUACGAGUUACAUGUGUUGGAGUUCUUGAUUCGGCGUGGUCGUGUGUUGGAAAGGGUUGACCUUUAUUUGGCUAAUGGAUUGGAGCAGAGUCGAAAGGAUUUGGCAACUGCUGAAGCUCAGAAGGUUAGGACGUUCGAGAAAGCUUCGGAGCAUUUAACGAUUACUCUCCAUAACGGUUGA